UUAAUACAAGCAUUCUGUUCUUUUACUCACUUCAUUUCUCUCUUUUUCCUUCUUUGGUCACAGAUACAAGAAGGGGUUUUCUUGGUCGUCUUUCUCUCUCGCAAGAACCACCGAUCCUCUCUUCAGCCACUAUGGCAAUUGACCACCGCCGGCAACCAUCUUCUGACAUUCCGGCCACCGUUUGCUGCCCAACCCGUCAUCUUCCGACGACCCACGCCCCCCCACGUGCGUCUUCAGCCUGCUUUGAAAACCCCCUUUUUUUCUGCCAUUUGCUCACUUUCUCUCUGUCCUUCGCCGUAGCCGACGACCAGCGCCGACGUCGAACUGCCCUCACCCCCGUGAUUCUUUUCUGACUAUCCCUCGGUCUUCGACCAGUCCCCAUUUUUUUUUCCUUUUCUCGAUCUAUACUCUUCUCUCCCCGAUCUACCAAUCUGCCGGUCAGUAUUUUUUCAAGUCCUCUCUCACAGCCAAUGAUUUCCCCCUUAUCAAGUUUCCGGAUUACCAGACCCUCUCAAGAUGGGUUCCAUCUUUUAUGUUUCCUCACCGCGAUGGGGAGCGUAAUUUCAUUGAGAUGGGAAGCACCAGAGCCCUCAUCUGCGAUCCACACCCCAAGAAUACCGUCCCUUACUUCAAAUGCUUAAACACAAAAGGCCGAACAAGGACAAUCCAAACCAUUGAUCGAAGAAGAUCCAAGUUACUGGGCCUCUCAAAGGAAAUACAUUUCAAGAAAUUCAGCAGAACAGUUUGCUGAGCAGUUGAGGAUGUCGAAAUCAUUGGUGGCAGCUUAAAUGGAGCUGUCUCACCUGUUCGAGAUGGACUUGGCAUGUGAAGACAAAGCUUGUACAAUGGAUUCUGUGGGUCAAAUCCUGAGUCGACGAUAUAAAGAUGGAUGGUAUACUGAAUAGAAAAAGAAGGCAUAUGAAACAAUGACACCAAAGAGAACAUGAAAGGAGGAGAUACUUCGUCUAAUGGAUGAAAAGAAACAACUGAAAGAACAAGAGAAGCUGUUUACAGCUGCUUCUAAAGCCGAAGGUGCUGAGAUGAAAAAAUAUAAGACGGAGAUGCAGAAGUGGGAAAUGGCGAAAUAUACUCGAAAAUCCAUUGUAGGUGAAAUUGACAAAAAAGUGGUUGAAUUGGGAUCAAUUGGAGGACAUUUGGUCACAAGGUUUGCAGAAAAAGGGGUUACAUAUUGCACAACGUCAAACCCCAUGGAAAGAACUAUUGUAUGGACUAAGGUAGUUCCUAAAGAAACUUAUGUGGAGAAAGAGGAAGUGGGAGUGCAUUUUCAGUGUUGCUUGAAAAUAGUUCUGUUUCCAAGGAAAUACGUAAGUCACUAGGAUUAGAUGACAAAUUAAUGUAAUUGUGCAGCUCUAGUUUAAGUAAGAAUUAACGUAGGUUAGGUGUUGAACCUCAUGCAUCGAUUGUGCAACUCACAUUCCAUAUUUCCAACUUUUUUGCGUAAAUGAAUUGCAGACGUCAAUAUGUUUAAAUGGAUUAUUCUGCAUAAUUGAUUUCUGUUGCUGUUGAAAUUCAUUCUAGAGAAUUAGUGCACAAAAAAUGUGCAGCAGAAUCAAGUGAAAUGCUGCAGCUUGCCUGUUUCGUUCGCUCCAUACAAUUUCUGCUACAGCA